CCUCUCUUGCGAAAUUUGAUGCAACCCCAUACGUCAUCACAAGAUGGCCGCCACCAUGGACGAUAGCACGCCGGGUCCUGUUCCUGGGCAGUUUGACGACGUAGACGAACCCUCUCUUAACAGUUAUCCAGCCGAGACAAGCUCUCCCGUAAUGGAGACAUUUCCAGCACGAGUGAGCGAGCUUUCCGUAACAGAGGACAGUCAGCAACCCGACGUAUGGGACGAAAGCGACGAGGAUUAUGCUGACUGGGACUGGGAAGACCACUCCGGGGAUUUCACAAAAAGGUACAACGCCGCCCAACACAACUCUGCACAGAUGAAUCCCAACAAACCCAAGCCAGGUAAAGUGUCUUUUCAGCCAACAGACAAAACCAUGACGAAAUUCGCCAGCAAGAUCACAGUGGAGAAAUACUUCGGUCCCAAACUACGCGGAGCAGCUGCUAGUGCUCUACUGGAGGGGGUUAGGAAGUCAGAUUCGGACAGGUACAGGGUCAAAGACAGGCAAGACAGGGCAACAGUCGAGCAGGUCUUAGACCCUCGUACCAGAAUGAUCCUGUUUAAAAUGUUGAACAGAGGUAUCAUCCAACAAAUCAAUGGCUGUAUCAGUACUGGUAAGGAGGCGAAUGUCUAUCAUGCCACCUGCAAGGAUGGGACUGACAAGGCCAUAAAAGUGUACAAAACGUCUAUUCUAGUCUUCAAGGACAGAGACAGGUACGUCACAGGCGAGUUCCGCUUCCGGCACGGUUACUGUAAACACAACCCUCGCAAGAUGGUGAAGACGUGGGCGGAGAAGGAGAUGAGGAAUCUUACGAGGAUGUACCAGGCAGAGAUUCCCUGCCCAGAACCUGUCAUCCUUAGGAGCCAUGUGCUCGUCAUGGAGUUCAUAGGGAAGGAUGGGUGGCCUGCUCCACUGCUGAAGGAUGUCCAGCUGUCGGUGAGUAAGGCACGCGAGCUGUACCUCCAGGUCAUCCAGCUCAUGAGGACCAUGUUCCACGACUGUCGUCUCGUCCACGCCGAUCUCAGCGAGUUCAACAUGCUCUACCUUGACGGACAGGUGUACAUCAUCGACGUGUCCCAGUCUGUUGAACACGACCACCCGCAUGCGCUGGAGUUCCUCAGGAAGGACUGCACCAAUAUCAACGACUACUUCGUGAAGAACGGCGUAGCCGUGAUGACGGUCAAAGAGCUGUUCAACUUCGUGACAGACAUCAACAUCAACACGGACAACAUAGAUGAAUAUGUUGACAAGGCCAUGGAGGUCGCCUCCAGCCGUUCUAUCCAAGAAGUCAAGGAACAGGACAAGGUUGACGAGGAGGUCUUCAAGAAGGUCUUCAUCCCACGAACCUUGGAGGAAGUACCAGACUUCGAGAGGGACAUCAAUUCAAAGCAGCAUGGAAGUGAGUUAGAAAUCCACUACCAGGCAGUGACAGGACUGAAGGAUGACCUGACAGGACCCCUGACAAAACCAUCCCUUCUGGAGGAAGAGGAAGCCCAAAAUGAUGAGGAAGAGGCCAGAGAGGACUCAGACAACAGUAGUGGGUCAGAGUCGGACAGUGAGAAGGACAGAUCAGAGCACACACAGUACACCAGACAGAGGGGAGAGUCUGCAGAUAGCAGGAGGGCACGGAAAAAGCUAGUGAAGGAGGAAAAUCGAGAAAAGAGGAAACAAAAGAUGCCCAAGCACAUUAAGAAACGCAAAGAGAAAAUUGCCAAGCAAAAGCACGGCAGGAACUGAAUGUGAUGCCCUAAAUAAUUAUAGUUACAUUGAGAAUGUUGAAACUGAAAUGACACUGAUCAUGGUUUAA